AUGGAGUCCACGAUCGAUCUGUUCGCGGAAUUCCUCCGUCUGAGGUACCCGACAUUAUCGGCCGAAUUUUUAGAAUUUAAGGCCAAUCACGCCGCGAACUCAGAAGCGGUCUCCGUCGCGCCCGCCGCUCCCGUGUCCCCAAUACUCGCGAGCAAAGCUCCCGCGUCGAUCGCUGCGGUCUCGGUUCCAGCCCUGCGCUCAUCCGCAGCACACGUCGCCCGUUCCACGCGUUCAUCCGCGGCCUCCAUCGCGCCCGCGCCGUCCUCUGCCCCCGAGCGAUUGUCCGUGGCCUCCGUCGCGACCGUCAACCCCGCGCCCUCUAAAACGCCCGCCUGCGGGUCGCCCGCGCCCUCCUCUUCAUCCGACUCGGAGUCGGACAUGGAGGUCGAUCUUUCCCCCGCCCCCUCGACUGAUGGAUUCACAGUAGUCCAAAAAGGGGUGCGCGAACUGACGCUGCCUCUAGGCUUGGACCAGAUGCUCCUCCGGGGGGCGAUGCUGCGCAACACGGCCUGGGUGCACGGCGUGGUGGUGUACACGGGACACGAAACCAAACUCAUGAAGAAUUCUACUAAAGCCCCGUUGAAGCGCUCAUCGAUCGACCGCCAGACCAACACCCACAUCUUGAUGCUGUUCAUCAUCCUCCUGGCGCUGUCGCUGCUCAGCGCCGGCUUCAACGAGUUCUGGAUGCGGAAUCACAAUGACUGGUACAUCGGGCUCGAAGAGGCGCAGAACGCGCACUUCGGGUUCAACUUCCUGACGUUUCUGAUCCUGUACAACAACCUCAUACCGAUAUCGCUGCAGGUCACCGCCGAGAUAGUUCGCUUCUUCCAGGCCAAGUUCAUCUCCAUGGACAGCGAGAUGUACGACCCGGCCAGCGACACGGCGGCCAUGGCGCGGACCUCCAACCUCAACGAGGAGCUGGGCAUGGUGCGCUACGUGUUCAGCGACAAGACCGGCACCCUCACGCAAAACGUCAUGGUCUUCCACAAGUGCUCCAUCGCAGAGGUGAUCUACAGCCGGCCGGGGCCCGCGGAGCGGCUGGAGGACACGCCGCUGUACCAGAACCUGACGCGGGAGCACCCCACGGCGCCCGUCAUCCGCGAGUUCCUCAUCAUGCUGGCCAUCUGCCACACCGUCAUCCCCGAGACCAAGGGGGACACCGUGGACUACCACGCCGCCUCCCCCGACGAGCGCGCGCUGGUGACGGGCGCCGCGGCCUUCGGCUUCUCGUUCUGCACGCGCACGCCCAGCCACGUGCACGUGCGCGCGCUGGGGGACACGCUGCGCUACCAGCUGCUGCACGUGCUCGACUUCACCUCCGCCAGGAAGCGCAUGUCCGUCAUCGUGCGCACGCCGGAAGGGACCAUCAAGCUGUACUGCAAGGGCGCGGACAGCGUGAUCUACAGCCGGCUGUCCGGUGGAGAGAGCGCGCCCUUCGCGGCGGCCACCCUGGCGCACCUGGAGCACUUCGCCGCGGAGGGGCUCCGGACCCUCGUGUUCGCCGUCGCCGACAUCCCCGAGCAGGUCUACCAGGACUGGUCCAACACCUACCACAAGGCGAGCAUCGCGAUACAGGACCGCGAGCAGAAGAUCGAGGAAGCCGCCGACCUCGUAGAGAACAACCUGAGGCUGCUCGGAGCCACUGCCAUUGAAGACAAGCUGCAGGACGGGGUGCCCGAGACAAUCGCCGCGCUCCUGAAGGCCAACAUCAACGUGUGGGUGCUCACGGGAGACAAGCAGGAGACCGCCAUCAACAUCGCGCACUCCGCACGGCUCAUCCACACCGCCAUGCCGCUGCUCAUACUCAACGAGGACAGCCUCGACGGCACCCGGGAGUCCAUGUCGCGCCACGCCAUAGACUUCGGAGACAACCUCCGGAAGCAGAACGACGUGGCGCUCGUCAUCGACGGGAAGAGCCUCAAGUACGCGAUGGGCUGCGACCUGAAGAAGGACUUCCUGGACCUGUGCAUAUCCUGCAAGGUGGUGGUGUGCUGCAGGGUGUCGCCCAUACAGAAGGCCGAGGUGGUGGAGCUGGUGUCGGGCGCCACGGGGGCGGUGACGCUGGCCAUCGGCGACGGCGCCAACGACGUGGCCAUGAUCCAGCGCGCGUCCGUCGGCGUCGGCAUCUCCGGCGUCGAGGGGCUGCAGGCCGUCUGCGCCUCCGACUACAGCAUCGCGCAGUUCCGUUUCCUGCUUCGCCUGCUGCUGGUGCACGGAGCCUGGAACUACUCGCGAAUCAGCAAACUCAUUCUGUAUUCAUUCUACAAGAACAUCUGUCUGUACGUCAUCGAACUGUGGUUCGCCAUAUACUCUGCUUGGUCGGGGCAGAUCCUGUUCGAGCGGUGGACCAUCGGCUUCUACAACGUUAUCUUCACUGCGCUGCCGCCCUUCGCCAUCGGACUCUUCGACAAGCUGUGCUCACCGGAGAUCAUGCUCAGGCACCCCAUCCUGUACAUCCCGUCGCAACAAGGGCUGCUGUUCAACGUGCGCGUGUUCUGGGUGUGGGCGGUCAACGCGCUGCUGCACUCCGUGCUGCUGUUCUGGCUGCCCGUGGCGCUCGCCGACCACCACGUGCUGUGGUCCUCGGGCAAGGACGGCGGAUACCUGGUGCUGGGGAACCUGGUCUACACCUACGUGGUACUGACCGUGUGUCUCAAGGCCGGGCUGGCCACGCACUCGUGGACGUGGGUCACGCACGUCUCCAUAUGGGGGUCCUUAGCUCUAUGGCUGCUAUUCUUACUUAUAUACAGUAACAUAUACCCAACGAUUCUGAUCGGAGCCGUGAUGCUGGGCAUGGACCGGAUGGUGUUCGGCUCCCUGGUCUUCUGGUUCGGCCUCAUCCUCAUCCCGAUAGCGACCCUCAUACCGGACCUCGUCGUCACCGUCGUGCGCAACUCCGCCUUCAAGUCCGCCACCGAGGCCGUGCGGGAGAGCGAGCUGAAGCAGCGCGCGCCGCCCGCCCUGCUGGCCCAGCCGCGACACUCCCUCACGGAGACGGCGCGGCUGCUGCAGAACGUUCGCAGCGUGUUCACUCGGCGCUCCACCUCGCGGGCCGCCGUCGAGCUAGAGCUCUCGCAUGGAUUCGCUUUCUCGCAAGAGGAGGGCGGGAGUGUGUCCCAGGCAGACGUGGUCCGAGUAUACGACACAAGGCAGCCGAGACCGGAGCACUCUUGAGCUGACCACCGCCGCCAGCCCAGGGGCAACACCACACUAACACUUGCGUACAACUUACAUUUGUUCCUGUUAUUUAUUUAUACGUCAUGACACACUUGUUUUAUGCACGUUAUUUUUGUAAAAUGUUAAUACGUAUUGUCAUACGUAAUGUCUACGGUAUUAUAUUACAAAUGGCAAGUUCUUUAGAUCAGUUCAGUUACAGGAAACAAUCCUUUGUUUUUAUCCAAAAUAUUAUGCUUAUCUUUUGCUAUUAAUUGUUAUCUCUACAUUACAUGCGUAAUUGAAAUCAAAGUAGAUGAUCUCAAAGUAAAAGCAUUAUAGGAGUAGUUACAGAUUCCAAGGUAAACGUUCACGAAUCCAAAGGCUAAUAAUGUGAAUACAUUAAAUGGAACGGAAUCGGUCGGGAGCGUUUUCCUUGGAUCCGAUACUAGUCCCCACAGAGAGUGGUACGUAAACCUUAUUUGAUGCGGUGAAUGUGUUUUUUUGACGAUCAUGAAAAUUGAAAAUUGAAAAUUGAAAUUGAGAAUUGUUUCUAAAUCCGGAUUAGAUGCCGAUAACUCGACUAUCAUCUAACGUAAGUAUAUUAAAGGAUUCUGCUUUAAUUUCACGUAAUUUAUUACAUAUUAUAUACAAGUUUUGUACUUUCCAUGAGGAAACACGUUUAGUUGCGCGUUAUAUUUAAGACACCUUUACGGAUGGGUAGGAAACACUAAACGUGGACAUGUUCCCAUGCGGAGACCUCGUCCCAUAUGCGUGCGUCGAAUGUAAAAUCGAAUUUCCGAUUCAAUAAAAUAAUAAUACGUGUAUAAUAAUGUGUAAGUAUAGUAAAAUUAUUCAAUCUUAAUAUAGGUUGCUAAGUAAAAUGCCGAAAGAAAGAUAUUAUUUUAUGAAUAAAUCGUUUUUGUACAGAUCUGUUAGCGUUAUUUUUUGUUUUACAUAAGUUUUAAAUGUUGCCGUAUUUAUUGUAUAAACUUAUAAACAGACACUUGUAAUUUUUUUUGCGAAUUCAUAUUUUUAUGAAAAAUAAAGUGGAGAAUUAGUCCCAUUAAACAAGUUCAAAGGUUGUCGAUGACGAAAACGAAAUGGGAGAAAAGAUUUUUAACGUAACCAUAAACUGAGAGGAAAAUCAAUAUGUUGAUUCUAGUAUAAAAAUGGCAUAAAUUAGUCGGAUCAUAUUUGGCGAAGCAGAAAUCGCCGCGCUUCUGUCUUACUAGUUGUAUAACAUUGCGUACAGUGAAAAAAACUUGGAAAAUACAGUCUUUCGCAACCACUUCGUUUUCGGACUGGCUUUAAAUUGAUAAGAACCCUAUAUAAAACCAUAUUAUAUGUAGGUAUGUGUGGUAAGGUUUAUUGUGAAUCAGAUUUAGUCGAAGCUCAUAACGUGAUGUAAGUGACACAAAUCGUUGUCCGAACAAGAAAUUCAGUGCUUCAGAAGAACAGGCACUUAUAAAAAAAGAAAGAAGAAGAAAAAAAAACAGGUUAGAACUCACAUAGUAGAGUAACAACAAAUGAAAGUGGGCUACGUAUCAAUAUUUCAAAAAUUGAAUAAUCUGUUAAGCAGUCUCUUAACAUUGGAUACGAUGCGCGUGAACAGUCCAACAUUGGACCUUGUUCUAUAACAUUUCUCGUGUUAUGAAAAUAUACACAUAUGAGAGAAGAAAAAGUCCUCUCAAAUACCAAAUAUGUAAAUCAAGUUGUAUGAAACGAAGCUUGUCAAAUAUCACGUCCGACUUGUCACACAACUACCACUUUGCUAAAAUCCGUCUCUAAAGGUUAAUUCACACACAAAGAUUUUCUCGAAUAAAAAUAUCUGGAAAUCGUGACUACUGUAAUCAUGCCAAAGUUUAUUUUUGUGGAGGGCAUAAAAAACUUAAUACAAUGUCCACUGGGACAGUCCAUAAAGAGUGAGUACUCGCUAAAACAACACUCAUCGCUGUCGUCUAUUGUGUGAGUGUCGCAAUCUUUCGUGCCCCUGGGGACGAGGGUUUAUUAGUCCACUCAGAGCCACCUUCCGUCUCGAUGUGAACAUCCGACGGCGGAGUUUGCGCCCUGAUGUCUGGACUACCACCAGAUUGAAGUCACUUUUACCCAAAACACUAUGAGCAGUUGAAGGGAUAUAUAUACAUGCAGUCAGCAGUAAUGUAUUAGCGCUCGAGUUUAUAUUAUAUAUUAUUAUACAUACGAGAGUACGUGCUAUCUGUGAUGUCGCUUCGUAGUUAAAAUAAAUCGGUGACCAAGAUAUGGUACAUAGUCACUUAGUUGGUUUUAUGAUUUUUUUUAGUUAAUAAGUUUAUACCUACAUAAAAAGCGGCAAAAGGCAAAUGUCCAUGGGUAAGUCCUCAUGUCCAAGUAUACCAGCGCCAGACGCAGUUUUGCUCGAGAUUCCCGUAUCGUUUCUACUGAAAAGCCUAAAGGCACAAACCAGAAUACUUUCAGUUUUAUUUGAAAGUCGUGAACAAAGAAGGACUCUAGUGCUAGGACGACUAGUUGCAGUUGUCGAAUUUACCAAUUGAUUGUUAGCCCCGACUGCACACAAUACGAUGUUUCUAUCAACCGGGUGCCCAUAGUAUACACACGGAAACCAAAGUGAUAUAAAUUUUGUACUAUAUUUACACUAGGCUAGACUGCUGCAAACUAAGCGAAGCUUUGAUCCUUAACCACGUCUCUGUUAAAAAAAAUGUAAAAUCUUUACAAAUAUGUCAAAUCUAUUUAUAGCAAUAAAAAAAUUCAUGUUUUUUUUUUAUUAGGCCAAUAUGUUUAAAAGCUUUUACACAAUAAACUUAUAAGAAAAAAUCAUAAAACCAAAAUAGUUUAGAUAGGUAAUCUUUUAGAUCGAUGUACUCUAUCGAAUAUGCAAAUUGUAUUUUUAUCGUAAUCUCGGCACUGUUUAGAUCGAAUCGAAUUUAUGAUGCACCAACCACUGAUAACGUAGUCUUCAGAACGCUCUCAUCAUUCACUGUAACGUCACUUCUACAAAACAAUAUAUCGUCAUUAACAAGUAAGUUUAAUUAGAACUAUUAUACCUUUACGGUUUUAAUAUCGCAUACACUAUUCUCAUUCUAUUAUGAAAUUUUAGCGAGAUCAAAUCGUAAAAGGAGUGUUAUUAAGUAUGUCUACGACUCCCGCAAUCCGAAGACAAUACUAUGUUUUAUUAGAUAAUUAAUUAUAUCUCGUUAGAGGUCGCGGGUUGUUGCGUUGUCGGUACUUACAUACACGAUACAACGCAGUCCUGCAAUGAGUUGUGCAUUGACGGAAAUCUUUGAAAUUGUUCAUUAUUCUUUAUUGUUACUUGCAAUAUCUUUUUAACAUAAUCAAAUUCAGUAUAUUUAAAGAAAAACAAGAAAUAUAAUGGAAGUGUAUACAUUUUGAGUCACAUGAAAGUUAAUGUACCUAAGAACUACAAAUGCACAUAUAUAUCGACAAACAUGUCA